AUGCCUUCCAGACCCUAUUCCAAAGAUACCAACAAUUACGACCCUCAACAAAUACAAAGCCCGCCCUACAAAGACACCCAAUACUCGAGCGGUUUCAAUUCUCAAGAUAAAUUGCAAUCCUUUCGACCCUCUACUGCCGGCGACCAGGGUUACAAUACCAUCCCUCGUGGAGGCCCUGUCACAUCGACUGAUGUGAACAAUCGUCCAAUCACUUCGACAGCAGUGGAACCCACACCCGAUCCCUUGAGCAAGGCAUUCAAUGAUGCCAUCCGACCCUACCUCGAUCAAAUUGAGGAUCUCAAGAACAAGGUCGAGGACACCAACUAUCAGCUUCAGCAACUCGAGGACGAGCGCGCAGACAUGCACGCCUGGAUUGACAAGCGCGGUCUCAGAGCUGAUGUACCUCCAUCCAUUGCGAACGCGAUGAACAGCGACCCAACCUCCGCACAGACCCUCAACUACCAGCUCGAUCGCAAAAUGACGGUGCUCAAUCACGACCUCCACCGCCUUCAAGACUCCCUCUCCUCGCACCUCCCAACAGCCACAUUCGCCAGCACCCUUGCGCAGCUCAUUCCGUCCAUCGAAGACUUAUCUGCUCUGCCUGGCGGCCCUGCGCUCGCAUUCGAGCUCAUCAUCAAGCUUGGCGGAAAUCUGAACUCACACGGGGGUGAUGAAGGCUGGAACAACGACGCCGACGCGAGCAGCCGGGCAGAGUUCUACAACCGGCUUGAUGACUGCAUGUUGGACAUUGUGCGACUGCGACUCGCGCCUGCGAGUGGAGAGGAUCCACCAUGGCAGGUCGGAAGGGACAUCAAGAGGCUGGACAAGACGGGAGCUUUCUUGAGGACUAAGCUCGGUCUGCAGACUUACUUCCCAAGGAGCCUGGAACUCAUGAAGAGAGGGGAGUCUCGGGGCGCCCAGUGA